AUGGCGAGUGUACCAAGCUUGUGCGACAUAUUGAUACCGCUAGAAAAAAGUAAAUGCAGUGCCUCUGGCACUGCAAGCGAUAAUGCAGCUAUGAUGAAACUACGAAAAUCCCCUCAUGAACGUAUCCGUUCCCCUUACACCAUACACAAGUUCUACAAAUUUUUGAAAAGGGCUCAUUGCGAGGAAAAUUUGGAGUUUUUCGAAAAAGCCCAUCAGUUCCUUCAACUGAAGCAGAAUAGCAACAUAAGCGAGGGAAAGCUUUUAGCAGUCUGGAACAAGUCAUUAUACAUGAAAUACAUUGCCGUCGAAUCGCCUAAGGAAUGUAACUUUUCGCAAGACACUAGGGAAGUGUUUGAGAAAUGCUAUGCUAACAACAAGGUGCCUGGCGAUGUAGACGUACUGCGUGCCAUUAGCCACGUUAUGGGUUUAUUAAUGGAUGGAUACCACCGGUUCGUAGGCUCAAUCAAUCGAGAAGAGUACUAUACUCCAUCUUACGCCAGUGACGCUUUCGGGCAAGACGCCAAAAAUAAAUCUACAGUUUCCUUGCCGUCGCUGGACCUCGAGAAUAUUUCUAGAGAUGGUAGUCACCAUUCCAAGAGAGCUGGCGACACAACAGUCAUUCAGGAGACGUUCACAGACACCUUUGAUGACUCACAGGGAAGAUGCUACGCCUCUCGCCCGAGCGAAUCCAGCUCUUCGACCAGCACUGGCAGCUCGAGAUGUGGGAACAUUGGUGACGAUUUCCAAAAAACCCACAAUUCAGGCCUUCUCAACUCAGGAAAGGAUUUGCUACAAAAACUAAACUUUGUUAAAAAACGCAGCAAAUCUUUCAAACAGCCUUCUGAUUUGUUUCGCGGCGGUUAUAAUAACCAUAUUCAAAAUCAUUUGAAAAUAGCUAAGCAGUCAUCAAAAACGACUGUAAACUCCCCGUCUUCCGCCAAGACAACAACACCUUCAUCGUCAUUGUCAUUGUCAUUCCCCAAAAAGGCAAUCGGCCUCAAUGAAAAAAGCGUCGAAAAUGGCUUGAGAAAGCUCAACUUGCAUGAUAUCAACUAA